GCCAAUGGGCUGGUGGAAAGGAUGCACCGCACUCUCAAGGCGGCCCUCAUGUGCUGCGCACCAAUACCGUGGCCGCAGGCCCUUCCAGCCGUCCUUUUGGGCCUCAGAACGACCUUCAAAGAGGAUCUUCAGGCUUCUCCGGCCGAGAUGCUCUUCGGCACAACUCUCCGAGUCCCACGAGACUUCUUUGUUUCAGCUAGUCAUCCAGAUGCGAACGCGCCGGCUUUCGUCGCCGAGUUGCGUGGCCUCAUCGGCCGGUUGCGGGCAGCCCCAGGGUCCAGGCACCUACCGCCUCGCACGCCGUUUUUCCACGGUGACUUGCGCACCUGCACGCACGUCUUCAGAAGAGUCGACACGGUUCGAACGACGCUGCAGCCGCCCUACACGGGGCCACACAGGGUGCUGCGACGCCUCGACGACCAGCGAUACGUGGUCGAUGUGAACGGCGAGGCCAAGACCCUCUCGACCAGCUCUCUCAAGCCGGCGUACCUGGAGGUAGCCGAUCAGCCGCCUACCAACGCCCCGCUCCCUGCGCGGGCCUCACCAGCUUCAGCGGCUCCGGCUCCUCCACAAGCCGCGCCAUCGGCGCAGGUAUCAACACCAUCAGCGCCCGAGGCACGGCCUCUCGCACAGGGUCCUCCAGCUGGGCCAUCCACGCAGGCGCAUCCAGCGCCCACGCCGUCCACCCAGCCGCAACCACCUGUGUCGCCGCCUGUCCCGGCGCCUUCAACAUCGCCGCCGCCGCCGCCCUCCGCCAGUCCAUCCCUCAACAGGCCAAGGAAAACGGUGUCGUUCCGGACGCAGUACACGUCCGGCACUGGCGGGGGAGUAGCUGUGGCGCCACGCGCUAGACAGCGUCGUCGCCAGCGUAAGCAGACGCUGCAGCCGAGGCCUGACUUCGACUAGCGGAGUAUCGCCGGAGUCAGCCUCAAAAUGUCGUCCGGCUGACGCCACGCCGUGGCGAGCGGGGAGCGCGCACCCGGUCGCCAUUCUGGGACUGGCCGCCAGACUGAGCACACGCUCAAAUCCAAUAGUAUUAUUAUUAUAAAUAAAGUCGUCAGAGUUGAGUUAAAAAUCCAAGGUAUUAUAUGAAGCUUGUUAUAAAAAUUACACAGAAUAGAAAAAUACAUCCAAAGUACAAUCCUCUUCAGAAAGAGUGCUCUUGGCUUACUUUAAUAAAUUAGCCAAACAGUAUAAACCCUCGACUCUUUGGUCGUACUAUUCUAUGCUGAAGACAACCAUAAAACUUUAUGAAAAGUUGGACCUUAAUAUGUACCAUACGCUAACAGCUUUUUUAAAAACACAAUCCAAAGGAUUUCAAAGUAAGAAGUCAAAAGUUUUAUCAACUGAAGAGAUUAAUAAGUUUUUGUUGGAAGCACCAGACGACAUAUAUCUCCUCACCAAAGUUGUGCUUAUAUUUGGGGUUAGUGGCGCUUGUCGCAAAGAUGAGCUAACAACUAUAACAUUGGAAAAUAUUGAAACUCAUGGAAAUCUUAUUUUGGUAAAGAUUCCAGAAACAAAAACAGGAAAAGCUCGCUCAUUCACAAUCCCAUCUGAGUUCCAAGAAGUAGUAAAGAAAUAUCAAGCUCUACGCCCAGCAAAAGCUACUACUAAUAGAUUCUUUUUAAAUUAUAAAAAUAAGAAGUGUACAGUACAAGUGGUCGGAAAAAACAAAUUUGGUAAUAUGCCUAAGGAGAUCGCCAGCUAUUUAAAGUUACCUGACAUUCAUUUAUAUACAGGACAUUGCUUUCGCCCAACAUCAGCCACUGUUGUUGCUGAUACAGAGGCAAACAUGACUACGUUAAAAAGGCAUGGAGGUUGGAAGUCAACCAGUGUCGCAGAAGGUUACAUUGAGGAGUCCAUCCAAAAUAAAUCAAAAAUUGGUUCUAUUAUAUCAUCUGCAAUCAAUUUGCCUAAAUCAAUUGACGUGAAUUCCAACGAUACAGAAGAGCCUUUAGCAAAACAAUCUAAGUUAACUAAAGCUUUAUUAGUUGAAUCUUUAUCAGUAUCAAAUGAAAUUGAUAGUUCUAAUGAAAAUAGAUUCUUCAAUUUCAGUAAUUGUGCCAACAUUACCACCAACUAUAAGAAUCUCUAGAUUACAUUUAAAUGCAUUAGACUAAACUGAAAUUCUUAUUUAAUUUUUAG